UUAGCCGCAAUUUAUGGCAUGCUGCUAUCGAAAAUCUGCAUACGGGAAAACUGGUCACGGAGUUGAUAACAGGAUUGCACCAAUUUGAUAUCUCGCGGGUACUUAAAGUCCAACGAUGCGCACGUCGCUCGCAUGUCUUUGCUCCGUUUCCACCACGAUGAAGCUCUUCGAGGCGCGGAUCGUGCUGCUCGUUUUCGCAGUUCUUUGUGACGUUUAUUGUUCCGACGAUUUGGACGGCGUGCCAGGUCUGAAGGCCGGAGAGAGUAAGUCCCGCGUUCUUUUUUCCGAGUUUACGCACGAUACAGAACGCUUUGGUUUUCUAGUCUUGGAUUAUCAAGAUGUCGUCACAUCUUUUGCCGUGAUAUGCGAGGAACGUGAAGAGUACAGCGAAUGUUCCGGGGAUUCGACGUGCCAGAAAACGUGCGAGAACAUGGACCAGUGGGGGACGAUGUUAUGCACCAGGACGAAAGUCUGUAUUGGCGGUUGCAUCUGUAAGGACGGAUACGUGCGGGACGAUUACAAUGGCAUUUGCGUCCCAGAGAACAGCUGUCCCAAAGUGAGGCAUUAAAUGUGGUUAACUGGAACGCAAGAGAUUCCGGAAACGUUGCAAUGGACCGACGCUGGAAAGGAGCGCAGGAAACAAGCGGGAUUUAUUUUCGUCGACUUUCAUCAAUAUGGAACGUUCUUCUUAAAAGUAAAAAAAAAAGUAAAGUCCCUUUCCUUUAUGUACCGUGCAAUUAACUGAACGUAAUUAAUUGAAUGAUUCAAUGCAAA